AUGCAACGGCUAGCGGGGCACCCGAACGUGGUGCAGCUGCGCGGAGUAUUGGAGGACGAGCGCGCCGUGCACGUGCUGAUGGAGCUAUGCGAGGGCGGAGAGCUGUUCGAUCAUCUGCAGCGCAGCCGCCGGCUGUCGGAGCGCGAGGCGGCGUUCGCGUUCCGCGACCUCGUGCUCGCCGUCGCGUUUUGUCACUCGCAGGGCGUGCUGCACCGCGACUUGAAGCCGGAGAAUAUCUUGCUCGACACGUCGCCCGCCGCCGCUGCCGCCGCCGCCGCAACCGCCGGCGGCAGCGGCAGCGGCUCUGCGCGUGGUGGUGGUGGCGGUGCGGAGCUGUCAGGAGGAAGUGGGUUCGUUUCCAGCCCUGCUCCCGCCACCGCGCCUGGUUCGGCGGCUGCUGGCGGAAUUGGCGGUUCGGCGCCAGGUUCGGCUACUGGUUCGCAGCAGCAGCACACGCCGCUACGACAACCACAAUUCAAGUCGUCGACGCCGCAACACGCGCUGGGUCAGCAGCAGCAGCAAUUUCAGGCGCGACAAGCGAGCAGAGAGCAGGAGCAAGGGGGCGAGGGCAGAGGGGAGCAGCUGGCGCAGGAGAAGCGCGCGCGCCUUUCGAGCCACGUGGGCGCGAGUCGCAGCAGCGAGGCGGCCAUGGGGGAUGCCGCCGCAGGUCACGCGGGCGAACCAGUCCCGUGCGCUGACACAAGGCGCGCGGAAGGGCAGCUGGCGCAGGGGCAACUGGCGGAAGAGGAGCUGGCGCAAGGGCAAGUGGCGCGAGCGGAAAGAAGCGCGCGAGUUUCAUCUACCCCCCCUCGGUCCCCGUCCCCCCUCCCGUCCUCCCCCCCUCUCGCCUCGGGGUGCCAAUCCCCCCUCGCGCUUCCGCUAGCUGCGCUUCUGCCGUCCGCGUCCCCCGCUACCAUCACGCUCUCUACAUUCACGCCGCUGCCGCCCAUGGAGGAGCUCACUCUGCCGCCCGCCGCCGCGUCUGCCGCCGCGUCUGCCGCCAACGCGGCCGUGCAAGGCGGCGGCGGGGCCUUCUCUUGCUCCAUUGCUGCUGCCGCCACUGGCGGCGUGGGUGGCGCUGGCGACGUUGACGGGACGGGUGGUGGUGGUGCUGCUGCUGCUGCUGCAGGCGCCGAGGACGUGCGGACGCCGGUGAAGAGCUUCGACGCGCAUGCGAAUGAGGCGGCGAGGAGCGUGCUGCCGUCGCCCAUCAAGGCACACGACGCUGCUGCCGCCUCUCCUGCCGCUGCGAGCGCUGCUGCUGCUGCUGCUGCUGCUGCUGUUGCUAUGGUCAGCAGCCCGUGUGGAAAGGAGGCGACUGUUGUUGGAGUACCAGUUGGAGUGGAAUUAGGAUCGGCGAUGGAUGUGGAUGUGGAUGGGGAUGGGGAUGGAGGCAGCAGCGUGGUGGUGCCAUCGGCAACGCGGUCAUUGAAUGUGGCGCAGGGAGCAGCGCUGCCGUCGCCCAUCAGGCCGUUGACUGCGCAGCAGGCACAACAGCGGCAGCAGCAGCAGCAAGCGCAAAUGCUGCCGUCGCCAAUUAAACCGAUGGAUUUGUCCAUGCUGUCACCUUUGAAACCCUUCAGUCCCACUGCUGCCGCCGCUGCUGCUGCUGCUGCUGCUGCUGCUGCGAGUUCUGCUCCUGCUGGUGCUGGUGCUGCUUCUAAAGGUGGUUCGUCUGGUGCUGGUGCUGGCGGUGCUGGCGACGGCGUGAGUGGCGGCAGAAAGCUGUCGAGGCUGUUUGUAGCGCGAGCCAUCUUCGCCCCCACUGCUCCCUCCGCACAACCCUCUUCCGCACCCUCUCCUGCCUCAACCCAUUCCGCGGCCCCCAGUUGCUCGCCGUUCCUCGCGCCUGCUCCUGCCGCCGUUUCCGCCCAUGUUCUCUCUGCAAGCCCCUGUGCGCCCCACUCCCUCGCUCUGCUUUCCUCCAAUUCACCCGCCUCUGCAUCUGCCUCUGCCUCUGCUGCUGCCGCUGCCGCUGCUUCUGCUUCUGCCUCGCCCUUUCCAGUUGCGCCCUCCCCCGCGUCCCUACCGCCUGCCUUAUCCGCCAUUCCCACCGUUCUGAACCUGCCCGCACUGCCACCCACUCCUCAGUCUCCUCCAGCUCUCCCCCAUCCCGCUCCCCUCCCCCAAGCCCCUCUCCCUCAUGCGCCUGCCCCCCACGCUGCAGUGUUCACGCCUCCUUCUUCCCCCUCCCCUGGUGUCCGGUCCGCCCCCUUCUCUUUCACCCCCUUCCCCUCCUCCCCUCUCCCUUCCAAGCCUCCUGCGCACACCCACACUCCAUCCCACACCUACACCCUCCCCCGCAACCGCCCUCAUACUCACACCCUCCCUCACACCCCCCUCUCCUCCCACCCACCAGCCAGUCCCCUGUCCCACCCUCGACCUUACCCCCUCGCCUUCUCCUCCCCGUCCUCAGCCCCGUCCUCCCCCUGCCACGUCAUCUCCUCCUCCCCCUUCUCCCCCGCGCCCCCUCGCCCUACCUGGAGGGUCAAGCUAGCCGACUUUGGGCUCUCGGUGCGGCUCAAGGCAGGGCAGAGCGUGGUGGGGCCUGCAGGCUCGCCAAUAUACAUGGCUCCAGAGGUUAUCUCCGGGUCGUAUGCAACAGCAGCAGCAGCAGCAGCAGCAGCAGCAACUGCACCGCCCGCUGUAGCCAGCAACCCGCGACCUGCUGCCUCCUCCUCCUCCUCCGCCUCUGCCUCUGCAUGUACAUCCGCACCUGCAUCUGCAUCAGCACCUGCAACACUCUCCUCCUCCUCCUCCCCUUUGGAUUUCUCCUCUGCGCCCUGGCCGAGCGUGUCUACGGAGGCCAAGUCGCUCGUGCGCUGCCUGCUCAACCCGUGCCCUGGUCGCCGCCCCACAGUGGACCGCAUUCUCACGCACCCCUGGCUGCUCUACCACACGCAGGGGGGACGAAUCGUCAGGCGCCUCGUCCGGCCUGGCACUCCUGUGGGCUCGCGCACUCCCGGUGCUGCUGCUGCUGCUGCUGGUCCUGGUGGUGCUGGUGCUGCUGCUGCUGCUGCUGCUGCUGCUGCUGCUGGUGGUUCAUGGUCGCUUCCGGCUUCGCCAGUCACGGUCUCUCUUGCUGCUCCUGCGCCGGUCGGUGCAGCAGCAGCAGCAGCAGCAGCAGCAGCAGCAGCAGCAGCAGCAGCAGCAGCAGCAGCAGCAGCAGCAGCAGCAGCAGCAGCAGCAGCAGCAGCAGCAGCAGCAGCAGCAGCAGCAGCAGCAGCAGCAGCAGCAGCAGCAGCAGCAGCAGCAGCAGCAGCAGCAGCAGCAGCAGCAGCAGCAGCAGCAGCAGCAGCAGCAGCAGCAGCAGCAGCAGCAGCAGCAGCAGCGGCAGCAGCAGCAUCUGCUGAUGCUACGGUCGCUCUUUUUCAGCAGGCAGGCGUGAGAGAUGCGGGGGAUUCCGCCUGUGUUUCUGUGGGGCAUGGUGGGAGUCAGCAGGGCGGGAACCAGCAGCAGCAGUUUGGGAAUAAUCAGGGCAGCCGCCUGAGGCGCGGCGCUCACCCUCUCUUUCGCGACAUCUUUGCCGGCCUCUCCCCCUCUGCCUCCUCCGCCCCGCCCUCCCCUGCGCCCAUGUCGCCUGCCACCACAUCGCCUGCUCCUCCUGCGUCUGCGCCUGCGUCCGCGGGGACCGCUCCUAUGGUGGCACUGUCUCCUGUUGUGGCUGGUGGGGCAGGCGGGAGAUUGCCUGCGGAGGUAACUUCUCCUGGGAUGGUUGGUGCUGGUGUGAGCACCGGCAGUGGCUGCAGCAGUAGCGGUGGUAGUGGCAGUGGCAGUGGCAUUGGCAGCGGCAGUGGCAGUGGUUGUGGCAAUGCAGGCAGCUCUCACUGUGUUGGCUCGAGCAGGCUUGCAGCAUUACCAGUUCCACCAGCAGCGCAUGAAAAAGCAGCGGCAGCGGCAGCAGCAGCAGCAGCAGGCGGAGAAGCAGCAGCAGCAGCAUCGACAGCAGCAGAAGUUGCAUUCUACCCGCUGCCGUCCCUCUCCUUGGACCAGCCGUUGCUGGCAGAAGCAGCAGCCAUUCCGCCUGUCGGUAACCAGGCCCCUGCGGGCUGUAAAGGUCCUCUGGAGUCCCUCGCGGGGUCUGUUGCACAAGGGCUGCUGGUGACGCACGGGCAGCAGGGGGGGAAUAGGGAGAAGGAAGAGGCAUCAUCGCCGCGUGAACGCAAGGAGACGGGUGCAUUGACCAUGCAAGCUUUUACACCUGCAGACUUGCAUGCUGCUGCUGUUAGUGGUGGUGGUGAAGGUGGUCGUGGUGGGGCUGCUGGUGUUUCUGUCCAUACCACGGCAGAUCAUGUGGCAACAGUAGCUUCAACGGCCUUCCCAUGCACAUCCCCGCCUCCGCUUGUAAUCUAG